CUAGGGCGAUCCCUAAGUCUCUAUGGGGGGGGGGGGGCGAGGGUGCCCCCGAAUUGGGGACGGGGGCUUGGAAGCCCAUCAUCCCGGCGCCGGCAGUGGCUGCUUGGGGCGGGCGUUUGGAGCGGGGCUUCUCGGGGUGCUGACAUUUCCAGGCUGCCCUCCUGAUUGGUCCCUUCGCCGAGCUGCUCACGGGUUCACUGAAGUGUUAAGCACCUCCCCGUCUCUCUAAAGGACAUUAUAAUGCAAGAGACCCCCUUUUUAACCACACACCGAAUUUUCUUUCAUUUAGGCGAUCUAUAUAUAAAUAUAUAUAAAUAUAUAUAUAUAUUUAAGCUUUGGAGAGCUUCGACAAAGUGUAACUUUUUUUUCUUCUUAAAAAAAAGACCCCGCCAACCGCUAAAAUUUGGGGGGGAACGGCUUUCGCCCUGGAGCGGUGCGCGAUGCUCUCUCACGCCGACCUCCUGGACGCCCGGCUCGGAAUGAAGGACGCCGCCGAGCUGCUGGGCCACCGGGAGGCGGUCAAGUGCCGCCUGGGCGUCGGGGGCGCCGAGCCCGGAGGAGGCCACCCGGGAGACCUGGCCGCCAACGCCGACGCCGUGGAAGGGGCCACCAUGCUGCCCGGGGAGGACCUCGCCGCCGUGGGAUCCACGCCCGGAGCCCUGGUCGCCGCCGCCAAGGACCCGGACAAGCAGCCGCCCGGAGGGCCCAACCCGGGACAAGGGGGCGGAGGAGGCGGCGGCGGCGGCGGAGGGCCGCAGCAGCAGCAGGGGCCACAGCAGGGGCAGCAGCAGCAGAGCCAGCAGAAGCAGAAGCGGCACCGGACGCGCUUCACGCCGGCCCAGCUCAACGAGCUCGAGCGCAGCUUUGCCAAGACCCACUACCCGGACAUCUUCAUGCGCGAGGAGCUGGCCCUCCGCAUCGGCCUCACCGAGUCCCGCGUCCAGGUGUGGUUCCAGAACCGUCGGGCCAAGUGGAAGAAGCGCAAGAAGACGACGAACGUGUUCCGGGCGCCGGGCACGCUGCUGCCCACGCCGGGCCUGCCGCAGUUCCCCUCGGCCGCCGCCGCAGCCGCGGCCGCCAUGGGCGACAGCCUGUGCUCGUUCCACGCCAACGACGGGCGCUGGGCGGCGGCCGCCAUGCCGGGCGUGUCGCAGCUGCCGCUCCCGCCGGCGCUGGGCCGGCAGCAGGCCAUGGCGCAGUCGCUGUCGCAGUGCAGCCUGGCGGGCGGGCCCCCGCCCAGCCCCAUGGGCCUCUCCAACAGCCUCGGCGGCUCCAACGGCGCCGGCCUCCAGUCUCACCUCUACCAGCCCGCCUUCCCCGGCAUGGUCCCCGCCGCCCUGCAGGGCCCCAGCAACGUGGCCGGCUCCCCGCAGCUCUGCAGCUCCCCGGACAGCAGCGACGUCUGGCGGGGCACCAGCAUCGCCUCCCUCCGCCGCAAGGCCCUCGAGCACACGGUCUCCAUGAGCUUCACCUAAGUCGGAAACUGGGGCACACGGCGGUGCAGAUGGGGCCUGGGUUCUGUGAGUCUGCACUGCCUUAUAAUUCACUUCGGUGCAGUCCACCUGCAUUUUUCAACUGCGUUGUAUAGCAGUGCAGACGGGGCCUUCGUGGUUUCUGUAGUCACCGUCUGUGGUUGGUUGGGGGCCCUUCCAAACAGCCAUAUAACCCAGAACGUCAAGGCGGAAAACCCCACAAUAUCUGCUUUGAACUGGAAUAUAUUGCAGUGUGGACUCAGAUAACCCAGUUCAAAGCAUAUACUGUGGGAAUUUCUGCCUUGAUAUUGUGAGUUAAAUGGCUGUGUGGGAAGGCCCUAGGUCUACACUGCAGAAUUAUUGCCCUUUGAGGCCACUUUAACUGCCCUGGCUCAGUACUACGGGAUUUGGUGAGGCCCCAACACUCCCUUCUCACACAAUUGUAUCAAAUCCGCAUUGAACUCGAUUAUAUGGCAGUGUGGAUUCAGAUAUUCCAGUUCAAAUAUUGUGGAUUGUCUGCCUUGAUAUUCUGGGUUAUAUGGAAGGGCCAAGAGAAGGCUGAUUCCGUAGUAUUAAGCCAGGACAGUUACAGUGGAGCCAAAUGGCACCAAAUCUACAGUGUAGCUGUACCCAAUCAUUUUAUAUGAGUGUGUCUACACCAGGCAUGGGCAGACUUCGGCCCUCCAGGUGCUUUGGACUUCAACUGCCACAAUUCCUAACUGUUGGGGAAUUUGAGGUGUUAGGUUCAAAAUAACCCUCAGUUGGGGUGAUUCCACCAUAAAUAUAGCCGAGUACCAGAAGUAAACUCCAUAACCAACAGAAACUCACCUGUGGUGAGCUAGGAUAAGCUUCUAUUCCUCAGGAUGGUUUAGGAUUGCAGAGUCAGAACUUUAGGUCCAAAAAUAUUUAUUGAGGUAAAGAAAAUACAUUCUUGAUUUUAAAAAGGUAUUGGAGCUAACUUGUUUACUAAAUCUCAUCUAAAGAGGCAAAAAGUCAACACAGCUACAUUUUGCAAAAUGUGAGUUCUCAUAGAUAGAAACAAAAGCAGAGGACAGACAAAUGGCGAAUGGCCACAUGACCAGCCCAGGGCAAUAAAACUUUAAAAAGAAGUUAAUUGCUACAUCAUCAAAGAGGGGAGGAGACAGUGGCUAUUAGGAGGAUAAAAGACAAAGCGCUUUUGGGAAAACAUGCAUAGGAAUGUGGGGAAAGGAAUCCCUCAUCUUAGCCCUGUCUUAUUGAGGACUGGAACCUUGAUGACAGAAGAGACUUGUGCAGCUCAGGGAUGAAAUCCAACACUAAUCAGCAGUUUGGAAUGGUGAGAGUUGAAGUCCAAAACACCUGGAGGGCCUAAGUUUGCCCAUGCCUGGUCUACACUGUAGAGUGAAUGCACUUUUAAUUGCAAUUAAUGCUAUGGAAUAAUAGAAGUUGUAGUUUGACAAGGUCUUCAGCCUUCUCUGCCUUACCAAACUAGAACUCCUAGCAUUCCGUAGUAUUGAGCCACAGUGUUUAAGAUGGUCUCAAAAGCGCAUUAAUUCUAUAGUGUAGAACUCUAGAUGCACCCACAACCUGAAUUAAAUGGUCAGGGUAGAUGGCGCCUAGGCUACCGCCUACCCUCCCUCCAUCCUUUCCCCCUCCCUUCCCUUUUUCCAACUCUUUUCUUCACCUCAGAGGCCCCCCCCCCCUCAUUUUUUAAAAAAUGUAAAAGGAAGGAGAAACAAAACAAAAAUGCACCCCACCAGGGAGUCGACUCAGGAUCUGAAACCAGUGGACUGGUUCGUGGGCAGAGAAAACACACAAAUACAAACACACACACACACACACAAACAAAAUCACACAUAGCCCCCCCCCCCCCCCCCCCAGCCUGUUGUGCUCUAAGGAAGGAGCCACAGCCAACGAGUGUCUUAAUUAAGAUUUUAAGAAAUACCUGACCUGAUAAAAGCACUCCAUGUUUAGGUUACUGUGAAUUUUCCGGGCUGUGUGGCCAUGUUCCAGAGGCAUUCUCGCCUGACGUUUCUCCCACAUCUAUGGCAAGCAUCCUCAGAGGUUGUGAGGUAUAUUGGAAACUAGGCAAGGGGGGUUUAUAUAUCUGUGGAAAGUCCAGGGUGGGAGAAGGAACUCUUGUCUGUUGGAGGCAAGUGUGAAUGCUGCAAUUAAUCACCUUGAUUAGCAUUGAAAAGCUUUGCAGCUUCAGACAAGAGUUUUUUCUCCCACCCUGGACCUUCCACAGAUAGAUAAACCUCACUGACCUAGUUUCCAAUAUACUUCACAUCCACUGAGGAUGCCUGCCAUAGAUGUGGGCGAAACUUCAGGAGAGAACAUGACCAUACAGCUCGGAAAACUCACAGCAACCCAAUGAUUCCCCCUCCGCUCCGCACCCAAUUCCACCCAUGAAUGAAUGAACGAUCCAGCCGUCUGUUGGGCUUUUAUUUUUAAAGACGAAGCACAACAAGAACCCACUACUAUAUAUAUAUAUAUAUAGUCUAUAUAUACACAUAAUAAUAUAAUAUAUAUAUGUACACAAAGAAAGGCCCAAGUUUUGAUAGAAGGUUUUCUUAAGGGGCGAGUUCGGUCUUUGGGUGGCUGUGGCUCUGAGGGAAGGAUGUGAAAACUGGGGCCGUUUUGAUAAAGCGUUUUUAAGCCGGGGGAAGGGCAGAAUGAAUUCAAACAGCUUUGUUUUUUUAAACAUCUCCCCCUCCUCUCAAGCAAUCCCCUAUUUUCGUGGGCGUUUUUGAUUUCUAGGAACAAAUCAGUGGCCAGUUUUGGGCAUCUUUUUUCUCCAUUUCGGUUGUGAUCCCUUCAAAUCUCUUCCUGGCAGGACAUGGACUCAAGGCAACCUCCCAACAUCACAAAAAAAGACUUUGUACAGAUAAAAAAAAACAAUCAGCUAUUUUUCCCCCUUUUCUGCAUGUUCUGGUCCAAUCCCAGAGAACAGAAGCUAUUUCGAAGAAUGAACGAACUGUGAAAUAGGAUGUUUUGUGUAGAUAAAGCAUUCUUGUUACAUACUGGUCGAUUUGUGAUAUGUUUAAAAACAAAAGAAAAUGAUGAAGAAGAAAAAAACUUAACUGUCUGUGCUUAUUUAUUAUGGCAUUUUGGGUUUCUUAAUAAAUGUUUGAGGCGACUAUAAAGCAUAUGAUUUGACUUUCCCCGACAAGUUUAUAUCGAGUUAAUGUAAAUGGAGAAAUAAAAUCAUUUUCAAUACGUGA